AUGUGGGAGUCGAGAGAAAAUGAUACCAACCUCGAUGAAGGAACCUCGAAUACAAGGGGUAGCGGUGUGGAUGAUGAUUUUGCACAGUUGAUGGAAGAAAUGGAAACUCAAUUGUAUACUGGUUGCAUCUUUUCUUCCCUUGAGUUUCUAGCAAAGUUAAUGCAUAUCAAGGUGAACAACAAAUGGACUGAUAGUUCAUUUGAUCAACUCCUUGAGCUCUUGCAAUUAGCAUUUCCCAAAGGCAACAAGGUUCCCCUUUCACAUUAUCUAGCCAAAAAGAAACUAAAGUCUAUUGGCCUGGGGUAUGAGUCGAUACAUGUGUGCAAAAACGAUUGUUGUCUCUUUGGGAAAGAACAUGAUUCAUUGCAAGUUUGUCUCAUUUGUAAAGAGAGCCGAUGGAUCGAUAAAAACACCAAGGGUAAGAAAGUACCUCAUACGGUGUUACGGUACUUUCCUGUGACCCCUAGACUACGACGUUUAUAUUGUUCGAGGCACACUGCCAAACAUAUGAUUUGGCAUAGUACCAGACGUUCAGAAGAUGGUGUGAUGAUUCAUCCUGUUGAUGGGGAACAUUGGCAAGAUUUUGAUAAAAAAUACCCCGACUUCUCGAGUGAACCCCGUAACGUACGCCUAGGUCUUUCAGCUGACCGUUUCAAUCCAUUUGGAAACAUGUGUAAUCCACAUAGCACAUGGCCGGUCAUACUUACCAUAUACAAUCUGCCACCCUGGCUUUGUAUGAAAGAGUCAUCAUUCGUGUUGACUUUUUUGAUUCCAGGACCGAAAGCUCCAGGUAAGGAUAUGGAUGUUUUCCUUAUACCGUUGGUGGAAGAGCUUAAACAUUUGUGGAACUCAGGCAUACGUAUUAAAGAUGUGUUGACAAACACAUUCUUCACGAUGAGAGCUAUGUUGUUGUGGACAAUAAACGAUUGGUCAGCUCGUAGUAGUUUAUCAGGUUGGAGUGGGCAAGGGUAUAGAGCAUGUGCUACUUGCAAUGAAGACACUCCUUCGUACCAUGCAACAAACAAAGUCGUAUAUAUCGGUCAUCGUCAUUUCCUAGAUGCUAAUGAUCCGUUAAGAAAGAGGUUGGACUUUAACGGGAUGGAAGAGACAAGACCCGCUUCGAGACACUUUAGUAAUGAUGACAUACAAGAGCAACUAGGUCGUCUACUAACUCGUAAACCGGGUAAACAUCCUGAGCAUGGAGGCGGGGAGCCAAAGCAGCAAGAUUAUGAGUUGAACUGGUCGAAACGAAGCAUUUUCUUCGAACUCGAGUAUUGGUCUUCUCUACAGUUGAAACACAACAUAGAUGCCAUGCAUGUCCAGAAAAAUGUGGACGAGAGUUUGUUAGGUACUCUCCUAAUGAACGAUAAAAGCAAAGACACAUCAAAUGCACGAGAGGACUUGAGAAUUCUAAACAUUCGGAGAAAUGAAUGGUUGCAAAAAAUGGUGACAAGUUUCAUAGACCCCAGAACAUUGAAGGUGGAGGAUAUGAGGAAAGCAAAAGUAGACAUUAUUGCAAUCUUGUGCAAGUUAGAAUUGAUUUUUCCUCCGGCGUUUUUUGACAUUAUGGUUCAUUUACUUUUGCAUUUACCUGAUGAAGCAAUUGCUGGAGGCCCGGUUUGUAUGAGAUGGAUGUUUCCAUUCAAGAGAUAUAUGAAAAAACUAAAAAACUAUGUCAGAAACAAGGCGAAGCCAGAAGGUUCUAUAGCUGAGGGUUAUGUUGCUGAAGAAGCUUUAUCAUUUUGUUCAAUGUACCUUCGAGAUGUAAAGAAUCGUCCGGAAAGAAAUAUAGAUGUUGUCAUUGAGAAAACAAAGUUUUGGAUGUUUGAGUCUAAAUGUCGACCGACCAGCACAACUCAAAUCAAAACUCUUAAUUUAACGGAAAUGCAUAACAUGGAAUGGUUUGUAUUGAAUAGCUGUGAAGAAGUCAGACAAUAUAUCAAGUAA